UCUGGAGCUCGUUAGCCUUUAUCGGGCAGAGUAUUCUGUCCAUGCAAAUUCACAUCACACUCAGAUCCAUUCCAUUGGCUUCCAACAUUGUCCGAAUCGAUCGGCAAAUCACCCAGCAUGCCGGCCGAUAUCAAAAAUGAUGUUAUCCUUCUCACCUGUGCUAGUGGCAUGCAAUGCUCACAGUUGAUUCCUCUCCUGUAUGGUAAUUGGAAGCACAUACGCCUUGCUGUUAAUAGUGCAUCCUCAGAGGAGUUUCUCAAAGUCAAAUACCCUGAAGCCGAUGUUGUCCGUGGUGAUAUGGCUGAUGCUCACGAUGCCCGGCGAUUUUUGUCCGGUGUUAUAGUCGUUAUCUACAUUGGGCCGUCUAAGAGUAACGAAUCUCAGAUUGGCUUCACAAUGAUUAACGCAGCACAACACGAAUUCAAAUACGGGCAACUGAAGCACUUUAUAUAUUCCUCUGUGUUACAUCCACAUUUGCAGAAACUCAGAAAUCACCGCAACAAGCAGCAUGUGGAAGAAUUUCUUAUCGACUCUGGCCUCCCAUAUACUAUAGUCCAGCCCAGCCACAUACUAGACUCGUUCCCAAUAGCACUUCUCUUGAAUGCAGAGAGGUCUAUCUUUCCAGUCAUGUUUGACAUACACACUAAGUUUUCUUUCACUAUUCUCAAGGACUUGGCAGAAGCACUGGGAAAGAUUAUUUUAGAGCGAGAAAAACAUUACUUCGCUCAAUAUAUGAUCUGUUCCACAGGCCCUACUGCAUAUGCAGAUAUCAUAUCUAUUUUGCAAGACGAGAUCGGACGGCCUAUUCAAAUCAAGCCAUUAGAUUUUCUCGAGUCAGGGGAAUUUCGCAAAGAGGCUGUAUCUGACACAGACUCCUUGCCACACUCUAUACGCGAUGCCAUACAGCGACUGUCUCUUGUCUACAACAUUUACGGACUCAAAGGCAAUAGCAACGUCCUUGAAUGGCUUUUGGGACGCAAGCCAACAACUGUGCGGGAGUACAUUCAUAGAAGGAUACUCUACAGCAAGAAAUCCUAAGUUGCUGAAUACAUCUCUCGUUCUCUUUGACCAAAUUCG